UCAGCGGCGGCGUUGUUUUUGCGGCUCCACGUCGGCACCAGCUGCGGGGCAAGAUGGAGGCGCUGAUCUUGGAACCCUCCCUGUAUACUGUCAAAGCCAUCCUGAUUCUGGACAAUGAUGGAGAUCGACUUUUUGCCAAGUACUAUGACGACACCUACCCCAGUGUCAAGGAGCAAAAGGCCUUUGAGAAGAACAUUUUCAACAAGACUCAUCGGACUGACAGUGAAAUCGCCCUCUUGGAAGGCCUAACAGUAGUAUACAAAAGCAGUAUUGAUCUCUAUUUCUAUGUGAUUGGCAGCUCCUAUGAAAAUGAGCUGAUGCUCAUGGCUGUUCUGAACUGCCUCUUUGACUCAUUGAGCCAGAUGCUGAGGAAAAAUGUAGAGAAGCGAGCUCUGCUGGAGAACAUGGAGGGGCUCUUCUUGGCAGUGGAUGAAAUCGUAGAUGGAGGGGUGAAGAUGUCCCCCUUACAGAGCAGACCGUGUCUCAGGUGCUGCAGUCAGCCAAAGAACAGAUCAAGUGGUCACUUCUUCGGUGAAGACCCCACUGUUCCUGGCUCCUCACCCCCUCAAAAAAUCCACAUGUCUGCCGUGACUUCUCAUCCAGUCCCCCAACUGAUGCUCUCAGGAUCAUCUCGGGAAUCACAAGGGAUCCUUAAAUCACCAUCCUGUCUGUGGUUGCUGCCCCCAAACCCCUAGGCGCUUCCCAUUCCUUCUCUCUCUUUUUUUUUUUUUUUUUACAGUUAUGGGAAUAAAGCUCCCAGGAGAUGUGGAUGCAGGGCAGGGGAAGCACCUCUUCCUUUCUAGACUGGAUUGUGCUCCCAUGUCCUCCUACCCCGCAUAUUUUCUUCUUCACUUCUGUGCCCUUUGCUGCAGCUACACGUCAGAUCAAAGCAGGAGAAGGAAUGUGCUGAGUGUUUUUCUCCCUUUACUUUUAUUCAGCCUUCAUCCCAAAAGUCCAUAUGUCCAGCAAGGGGAGGGAGAGGGAGAAUUCUUUUCUAUAGAAUGAAUGGGGGGGUUGGGAUAGGUAUGUCUCAGCCACAGUCCCCCUUACUAGCCUCAGCAUUUUCUACCAUUCCUUCUUCCUGCCCCAUCCUCCAGUCUUGGAAAAAAGAUUGGAACAGCUCAAAGGCAGGGUAAGAAGUUAUUUAAAUUUUACUGGCUAGGGCUUAUAAAAUUCUGUAUUUCAGUCACAGCUGCAUUCUCUACCCUGAUUCUGGCUUAUAGCUUCAAAACUGCUGUGGUCUGUGUGUUCACUGUGGGAGUGUCCAUUUCUUGGUCCCAUACCUUAACUCUACCUUCACUCCCCUGGAUGUUUGCCUGGCUUGUCCUCUCUGUACCCUGGAGGAAAGCCAGUCCCUGAACCAAAACUCUAUUCUAGUCUUGGGAGGAAGAGUUUCUGCUCGCAACUAGGGAGGGGGUGGAAUUUAUGGCUUGGGCCUCUGGGCUCUCUCAGUCCUGUUUGCUCCCCCACAUGCUUUUCACUCCCCUGCCUUGGGCCUGCAAUCUCUGCCGCUUAACCCUAUCCUCUCUCCGCCUCAGCCUUAUAUCCAGGCAGUAGGUCUGGGCUCUUUCCCUCUCUAGGUCACUGCGAGAGAUACCUUUCUUCAGAAAACCUUCAGGAUGUGGAUUUCUCCAGGGAGAUGGAGGAUGGAAUACCCACUCUUGAGUCUAAUCUUUUCUCUUGACCCAAAACUUCCCAGGAAAAUGUCUCAAAAAAUCUUCUUCCUGAGACUUAGGGUUCUGCCUCACCCACUAACUGCUAAUUCUCCAAGACUGAAGUGGGGUGCACAACUGGGCAUAUUUGAGGGGGCAUUUUUGUGUAAGAGAUGUCUGGAGUCAGGGGAUAGCCACCUUCAUAUACUGCUCUGUGCAAAGUGGAAUAAAACAGACUUCUUUUUCCAAACUG